CAGGAUGAGCAUCCGAAGCAAUUUCCGGUGAAGGAUCGGGAACGAAGGAUCAAACGACACCGCGUAACGAUUCGAUUCGAUUCGAGGGAUCAUGUCGAUUCACGGCGACAGCGACGUGGACGCGACGGAAGAGAUAAACGUGGACGACUCCGACUCGGCGAGUUGCAGCCCCCGCAAUUACGCCAACGACGGCGAUUCCCCGCCCCCGAGUAAGGACGACGACGACACCGGAAGCACGGCCGAAACCCAGACCAACUCCACCACCUCGUCGCUCCACUGCGCGUCGGCCACCGACUUGCUGGCGCCGUUCAGACUUUUCCCAACCGGGUCGGGACUGAUAUACACGGGUGGUGGCGUGAUAAGGGUUCCUGCCCAUCGGCCACCCGGCGCUAAUGGAGCGGCGACCGGCGCCCUGCCGGCACAGGCGUUGAUACCACCCUGGAGUUUGCAAGCCCUUCAACACAGUCAACAGCAGGCUGCGGCGGCCGGUCUUCACAGGGCGAGCUUGUUGGCCAACUUGGCCGCGCAUCCGCUCCAGGGACACCCGCACCUCAAGGACAGGCUGGCAGUAGCCGGAGCGUUUCCAAGGAGGAUCGGGCAUCCUUAUCAGAACAGGACGCCACCGAAGAGAAAGAAGCCGAGGACGAGCUUCACCAGGUUGCAGAUCGCCGAAUUGGAGAAACGUUUUCACAAACAAAAGUAUCUGGCAUCGGCUGAACGGGCAGCGUUGGCUAAGACCUUGAAGAUGACCGAUGCCCAAGUGAAAACAUGGUUUCAAAACAGACGAACAAAGUGGAGGAGGCAAACGGCGGAGGAGAGAGAGGCUGAGAGGCAGGCGGCGAAUCGGUUGAUGCUGUCUCUUCAAGCCGAGGCCCUCGGCAAAGUGGCGUACCCGACGACAGUGGCCAGCCAUCCAGCGGGAACCACGGUUCCAAGUCUAGACAGGCAGCAACCACCCACCGCCCUCGCCCAUCCUGUGGGUCAAUGGGCCUCACCUUACGGCCCGCCGCAACCUCUCGCCGAACCGCUUUGUUGAA